AUUAUCGAAGAAAAUGUGCGGAUUUUUUAUAGUGGCUCAAUUGACUAGCCCUAAACUAGCCCUAAACACAUUUUCGUCGUACCGCGCCACCGCCAUCUUCCUCCUCGCCGCGAUCUCGUGUGCUUCACGUGCCUAAGACUAAUUACAGAAUGAACGCAGAGAAGUUGGCUAAAUUGCAAUCUCAGGUCCGGAUUGGUGGUCCUGGUACUGCUCGCAGAAAGAAGAAGGUUGUCCACCGUACAGCCACAACUGAUGACAAGAAGCUCCAGAGCUCCCUGAAAAAGCUGACAGUCAACAACAUCCCUGGGAUUGAGGAAGUGAACAUGUUCAAGGAUGAUGGCACAAUCAUCCAUUUCAACAACCCAAAAGUACAGGCUUCUCUAGCGGCUAACACUUUUGCCAUCACUGGUCAUGCCGAACACAAACCCAUCACUGAUAUGUUGCCAGCCAUCCUCAAUCAAUUGCCAACUGAAAGUUUGGCACACUUGAAAGAAAGGAUAGUAGGAGCAUCUGCUGGUGGACAGGGUGCAUCAUCGGCAACAUUGCCCACGACCGAAGAAGAUGAUGAAGUUCCUGAUCUUGUGGACAAUUUCGACGAGCCAAGCAAGAAAGAGGCGCCCACUGUCGAGACGAAAUCGACAGCCGAAGUCAAAGUAGCUGAAACUCCUGCUGCGACAACCGCCGAACCAGUCAAAGCUUCUGAGACUCCAAAAGCAGAAGAAUAAUAAAAAAGGACGGAUUACCGGCAACAGCGUGAAGAAUGCAGUUGGGACAAGCAGGCACCAGCGAAAGGAAAAUCAACCCCCGACUGUUUCUAUUUUUUCUCUCCUCCCUUCACUUUUUUAGAUUUUUUUUUUUCUCCUAUUCUCAAACUCCUUUUCUAUCCUAAAAGGAGGUACUCCUAUGGCCUAACUAGGUCAUUACUAAUCAUGGGAAAGCAACAACCGUACUCGUAUUACAUUCUGAACGGAAAGAGAAACAGGGAUGAUUUUUUAUUGUUGUUGGCUGUUUACGAAUGUCCUCAGAUCAAACAGAAAAGAGCUUCUGACUGCAAUGUUUCCCCGUCAUGAAAUCUUAAUACACCAUCAAUUGAUUAGUA